AUGGAACAUGAGUCGAAGCACUGUAAUGCGUGCAGUCAAGGAAAACAGACUCGAGCACGGAUGGGCCAAUCAGAGUCGGAAAGAAUGGAGGCACCAUUAGAGCUGGUACAUGUAGACCUGAUGACAGAUUUCAAAGGACAUGCCAACUACCACUAUGCACUAGUUGCUGUGGACGACUUCUCCUCUCUGAUCUACGUGGAACCACUCUGCACAAAGAGCACCGCACUCACGGCGCUGAGAAGGUGGAUAGCCAGGAUGGAAUGGGCAACGGACAGGAAACUCAAAACACUCUGCAGCGACAAUGGAGGAGAAUGGUGCAGCAUAGCAGCCGAAGACUGGCAAACACAAGAGGGUUUCAAGUGGCAAAAGAGCAUCCCGGGGAUCAGCGUCCAAAAUGGACGGGCGGAGAGAGCAAUCAGGUCGGUCCAAGAAAAGAUGCGCUCGAUGCUGAUUGGUCGAGCUUGCCCCAGAGAGUUGUGGCCAUACGCAAUCACAGCAGCAGCACACGUGAUGAACCUUACCCCGUCAGCCACCAAAACCAUUCCCCAUGAGGCCUUUUAUGGAACCACUGCGCACAAGCUGGCCCAGCAGCUGCGAGUCUUCGGAUGCUUGGCAUGGGUUCAUAUUCAACAGAAGGACCAGCAGGGCAAGUACGGGGCUAGAGCAAAGCCAGCCAUCAUGAUUGGGUAUGACGACGAACACAAAGCAUGGAAGUUUUGCAACCCGGACCAGCCUGCGUCAAUUCAAUGGAGCAACUCAGCAACGUUCCAUGAGGACAAGGGAUGGAGUGAUCGCCAACAAGAGGCAGUCAGGCCCGUGGUGACCGCGGAGGUUGAGGAGGAGGGUGUCACACCAGCCACAGUGGAGGAGGAGACCAAAUCAGAGGCUGCAGUGGAGGAUCUCCUACCAGCCGUAGACAGCACAGUAGGCGCCGCCAACACAGCAAUACUGAACCUGGACCCAACACUUGGGGAAGCAAUGAAUGGUGAGGACGCCCAGCUCUGGAAGGAGGCAAUACGAAAGGAGCUAGAAGGACUUGAGACAAUGGGGACUUGGGAGGUGGUGCACCAACCACCAGGAGUACCACUUGUGGACUCUAAGGUUGUGCUUCGGCUGAAGCUUGACGCUGAUGGCGUACCUGUUAAGCACAAGGCGCGACUGGUCGCAAGGGGCUUCACACAGAGAGAGGGGAUCGACUACCAAGAAACCUUCUCUCCAGUAGCACCCCUCAGAGCGAUCAGAGCCAUCUUAGCACUAGCGGUGCAGAACAACUGGGAGGUACAUGCUCUGGACAUCACUAUGGCUUACUUGAACUCCACGUUAAAGGAAGCAAUCUACAUGAAGCCGCCAGAAGGAUCAGGAGUAGCACCCGGCAAGGUGUACAAGGUAGUCAAGGGUCUAUAUGGCCUAAAGCAGUCUGGGCGAGAAUGGAAUCAGGAGUUCGACAGGUCUUUGCGAUGCAUGGGAUUCUUCCAGGUAGAGUGCACUCCCUGCAUCUACACCAAGGGACAGGGUGAAGAUAUGGCCAUUGUGGUCAUCUACGUCGAUGAUACAUUAGUCAUAGCACCACGGCUGGAAACGGUCCUAAAGGUUAAGAAGCAGAUUGGUCAGAGAUGGAAGAUGGAAGAUAGCGGGUACAUUGACCAAGUGCUGGCAAAGCACCUGGACAAACGUAUGAAGCCGACCAUGGUUCCAAUGCAGAGCAUACUGGAGGGAACCCUUGUUGCAAGCGCAGCACAACAGAGGGAGUAUCCGGUGAUUGUUGGCAAGCUGCUCUGGGUUGCCAACAGCACCCGGCCCGACCUUAGUCUCACUGUGGGUGUCCUCACUAGGCACAUGCGUGAACCAUCACAGGAGCAUUAUCAAGCAGCACAAAGGGUCUUACGCUACCUCGAAAGCACAAGGCAGGUUGGAUUGGUUUAUAGAGCAAGUGAGUCGCAAGAGCCACUGGUUGCACACAGCGAUGCAAACUGGGCAAGCGAUGCCACCAUACAGAGAAGGAGCACAUCGGGGUCAGUGGCAUUAGUGUACGGGAAUCCAGUAGCCUGGAAGUCAGCGACACAAAAAUGCGUGUCAUUGUCCACUGUUGAGGCAGAGUUCAUUGCAGCCACGGAAGCAACAUGUGAGGUGCUCUUCCUCAAGCAGCUGCUACGCUCAAUUGGCAUUGCCACAGACACACCGACGGUCUACUCGGACAACACUGGUUGCAUACAGGUUAGUAAGGACCCAGCACAGCACUGGAAGCUUAAGCACAUCGACACCAAGUAUCACUUCGUCCGUAACAACGUCCAAGAGGGAAGGGUGCAGAUCAAGUAUGUAGACACCACAAGAAACUUGGCAGACGUACUCACAAAGCCCAUUGGGAGACAGGCAAUGCAGCAAGCAAGAUCUGGGCUACACCUGCAAAUACCGGCAGCAGUGUACGAAACGGGGUCCCCGAGCUAUGCAACAGUGUUGAAGAACGGAGGUCACACCUUGAAACAACAGCAUAAUGAACAGCGUACAUAUGCUGUUGAGGGGGGGAGUUGA